GAUUAUCAGAGACUGCAGACAUAGGACAGGAGAUGAUCAUAGACUGCAGACUUAGUACAGGAGAUGGUCAGAGACUGCAGACAUAGGGCAGGAGAUGGUCAGAGACUACAGACAUAGUGCAGGAGACGGUCAGAGACUGCAGACAUAUUACAGAAGAUGGUCAGAUACUGAAGACAUAGUACAGGAGAUGGUCAGAAACUGCAGACAUAGUACAGGCGAUGGUCAGAGACUGCAGACAAAGUACAGGAGAUGACCAGAGACUGCGGACACAGUACAGGAGAUGACCAGAGACUGCGGACACAGUACAGGAGAUGACCAGAGACUGCGGACA